AGCCAUUCCUGUAGUUACUUUUAAGCGGGUGGUCUGUGUUUGUCGUUUCCGUGUUCAUGUAGUUCAUUUUGGCUGCUCCUCUUCAUAAACGCGUGUAGAAAAAACUGACACACAAUAAUAGGCUACGCACUCAUUGUACCUCGUCGGUUAGCGAGCUAAGCUAGCCGGAGCAGAAGUGGGUAACGUUAGCAAGUUAGGCUAACGUAUAGAUAUUUACCGGUAGCUUAACAGAAGGUGAUGUACAUGGUGUCUGUGAUCUUAGAGGACAAAAGAUACUCAACGUAAUGUCUCUUAGCGCAGUCCACGGAACACUGUCGAGCCUGAAAUCAUGUCAGGCAGACAUCGGUACGGGAAUGGAUAUAGUGACAGAUGUGGCUAUGGACCUAGCCGAAGGUCACGAUACAGAAGAGAACCCUGCCGUCAAAGAGCUGGAGGACAUGAUUCUGGAGUGUGCCAAGCUCGACAGGGAGAUUAACUACUUUAUUGAUGCUGUGCAACAAGUCACAGCAGAGGUUACUACACAGCAGCCAGAGGCCAUGUUCAGCCUGUCUGCCAAAGUGAAGGAGCAGUUCACAGAGAGAAUAGCCAGACUCUCUGAUGCCGAUCUGCAGAAUCACCAAAAAGUAGUGGCCUUCAAGGACAGCAUCAAGAACUCUCUCAACCAAGGCAGCCAAGAGUCAGCAGACAAGAUGGAGGAGCUAGAUGAGGACAUAGCUGUUACACAGAGCCAAGUCAACUUCACCUGCCCACUCACACAGGUGGAGAUGGUGAACCCGGUGAAGAAUAAGAAGUGUAACCACAACUAUGACGAAGGAGCCAUACUGGGGCUGAUCAAAACAAAACACAGCCAGAAAAAGAAAUGCCGCUGUCCUGUGGUGGGCUGUGGGAACACAGAUGUGAAAGAGACGGAUCUGAUUCCUGAUCAGAUGCUGAGGAGAAAGAUCCAGAGCCAUAAGAGACAGGGCAAUCGGACAUAGUACUCCACAUUUUUAUUGGCUGAAUCAUUCAUGCCUCAGAAAUGAUUUGUAUAUUAAGACAGGAGUGUGUUGUAAGCAGCUAUGGUUGUUUCAUAGUUGAUAACCAACGUUUAUUGUUUUUUAAUGUAGUUUUUUCCCCCCCGAUAUUUGUACUUAAGGAAAACUCCAAUUAAAUUAGAAUUGAAGAAGCGAUGACUUGUUUGUGAUUCAGUUGGAACAUUUUUUUAUCUCCUCCCUCUUGUCAAAUGUAAAUAAUUAAAGUUGCCAGACUUGUA